CGACCUGCAGGAUGAAACCCCGGACGCUUCAGGUGGUUGUUGGUGUGACGGCCCUGUGUGUUGGUGUUGGGGUAGGGGUGCUGAUAGGGUACUUCAGCGCUCCUGGGGAGGGGGAGUACACAAACCCCGAAACCAGGCCAUCGGAUGAGAGCAUCGCGGAUCGAAUCCUUGAAGAAAUCAGCACCGAAAAAAUCCGGGAAAACCUCAGGUAUUACGCACGGAAACCACACGUUGCUGGAACUCCCGCAGACAGAGAAGGUGCCGAUGACAUCAGAAGGGCCUGGAUAGACCAAGGACUAGACUCGGCUGAAUUGGUCCCAUAUAAGGUCUAUCUUCAACAUCCUCCAUCACCCGACAACGAAGAAUUAGCUAACAAGGUUCAAAUCAUAGACCCAGCCAAUGGCAACGUAGCAUUUGAAUCAGCGCUACGGGAGGAUCCAUUCGGAGAAGACGAAUUAUUGCAGCCCGAUAUCCCUCCGCCAUUCAAUGCUUACUCAGCCACAGGUGAUGUGACGGGUGACUUGGUAUACGUCAACUUUGGAAGGGUCGAAGACUAUGAGUACAUAUUAGACGAGCUGGACCCCACCCUCGACUUCACCGGCAAGAUUGCCAUCUCCAGACACGGAGGAGCGGGAUGGUACACCAAGGCCACGAACGCCUAUAACUUUGGUUGUGUGGCCCUGCUCAUGUAUACGGACCCUGCCGACUACUCGGUUGGGCCAGAAAUAGGACUCCCCUACCCGGAUGGGAAAUUCCUCCCAAGCACAUCGGGGCAGAGGGGCUCCAUCAAAAAUGAUGUUGGAGACCCACUGACCCCAGGUUACCCGGCCCGAGCUAUAGUUAGUUAG